AAUCCAUAAUUUUGAAUUUUUACCAAAAGUACGUCUAAAUUGUAACGGUUUGUAUUAAAGGUGGUGUCAUGUCCAAACUUAUUCAACAAUUCAGCGACGAUAUCUGUGCGAUGAUGUGAAAAAAAUUAAUACAUUAUAUUCAUCGAGAGUAUAUUUUAUUAACUCGAUGGAUGCCCGUAACGUUGGCCACCAAUAAUAUUAGUGAUUAGUAUUACGGGGAAAGAAGAAUAUAUGGAAAUUAUAUUUGUUAAUGAGCUCCGUUCAAGCCGAAGUUCCGUUCGCAUCGUAUUUCAACAGCAAAUCGUCACGUCUAACGCAAGGAAUUUAUGCUUGCCGACGAAUUUUAUAAAAAAUACAAAUGGUGAAACAGAUUUCUUAAAAUUAUAUACCUUCGAUGGGCGUGUAAUUUAUAUCGCCCGAUGCCAUUUCACACGAAUCAUCCGCCUCGUAAAAGUUCGUCUGUGUACCUAUCGUCUGGUAGUUACACGUAUUUGUCUGUACGCCUACCGACUCGCCGAUCGAAGGGUCCGUUUGGACGGCUAUCGAUUCGCCGACCGAGAAGUCGGUCUGGACACACGUCGAUUCGCCGACCAACGAGUCCGUCUGGACGCCAAUGGACUCGUCGACCGAGGAGUCGGUUUGGAUACCGACGGAACAGACGGUUGUCGACCGUACCGAGCUGCAAUGGCAUUUGUCGAACACAAUGUUACUCAUGGCCGCGGCAAAUUGUCGUUCGUGUUGGUCCGCUGCCGAAAUACUUUUGAUCUGCAGACGAAAUGUUCGCAGUGUUUAUUUCAGACACGUAUCCGACAGAAGGGUAAGGAGGUGUUGCGCAAAACCCGAUCCAUCCCUUCCGCGGCGGAAUCGGAGACAACCGAGGAACCGAAUGGGAAAGAAAAAAAACGCAGUCUUCGAACGUACCGACCGACGACGGGCACGGGAAGAGAAACUCGGCCAGCGUAAAACGCGACCAUCGGUAAAGCAUUUACACGCGCACGACGCACAGUGCACCAUCGUCGUGUUGAGGGCAUUUUUACCACAAGAAAAG